CCGUUUUAAGGGUAUUAGAUAGAGAGACAGUUGAGUACCGAAAAUGUGAGAUAGGGAGGGAGUGAAGAAAAACACGAACCUACUGCUCCCAUCAUCUCAUCUCCACCCCAUGAAUCCCCGCAAAACCGAACCCGAUCUCUUUCACCACCACCACCCUGAUCUCUCCCCACUUCCUCCCCACCACCUUCACAUCAUCCUUCCUUCUCAAUCUCAGCCCUCCAUUUCUCUCCCCCAAGUCCUCCUCUUCCGCCCUUCCUCCCCCGCCCAUUCCUCCUCCGACAACGACGACGUCCCCGCCGAUUCCCGUCAAAUCUCCGCUCAGCCCCUCGGCUACCACAACAUUAGCCCUGAGCCUCACAUUUCCUCUCAGUUCUACACUUUCAACGCCGACUCCCAUUCCCUCAUGAUCCGCUGCAUCCGCGAGCAUCGCUUGGCCACUCCCGCUGAGAUCCGAGCCGCUACGCCGCGUUCCGUCCUCAAAUCGUGGCGGGCCGUGUGGAAGGACCGCAACGAGGACACCGCUUACCUCACCGCUUGGAAGCGGAUCCAAGACAAGCUCACCGCGCACGUGGAUCCCGAUUCCGGUAAUGAAUUCAUUUGCUUCAAGAACAAUUCUAGUCAAUUCGUUUCACAUGUUAAUCAAUGGCAAGAAAUCGUUAUGAGUUUCCACAGCGACGCUGAUUUGAAACACUUAGGUUUGAAGGAAACAAUUGAGAGGAUUAAACAAGUGUGGACUGUAGGUGCUAAGUUCUAUGGAAUUCCAGAGAGUUACAUUAGGGUUUGUGUUGCGGCUUGCCCCGUUUGCAAUGCAUCCUCCGGGUCUGCUUCCAGGAGUAGUAAACGAAGACGAUUUGAGUACACCGAGUCCUUUGACGUGCCUGCAAAGGAGGUGCCUCAUAGAUUGCAGCAAUUGGCUGCAAAGUACAAGGUUGUGCUCUGUAUUAGACAGAAAUAUAUUAGGUAUAAGCCUUUUAUGGCCGAGGUGAAAGAUUAUGCUUGCCAUCGAGCAGGGGAGCCUACAGGAAAGAAGUCAAGAAUCUUGAAGAGGGAACCUUAUGCCUCUAAGAGGUGCGGUUGUGGAUUUAGAAUUAGGGCAAUAGUGCCAAUUGCCAAUUACAAUGAGAAGGAUAAGACUUUUGUCUAUCAAGAGGAAGGGAUGGCAGUGUUUAAGUUGUAUGCAGUGCAUUCUGGACAUGAGCCCGGGCCACUGGAUGGGAAUGCAAGGAUUAUGCAUCGUGUUGUCGGACAUAAGGGAGGGUUUUUCAUGGAUCAAGAUAUUGUUUAUGGGGUAAGUGAGGAUUUGGAUAGUGAGGGGUUUGGAUUGAUGGGGAAGGAAGAUGAAGAGUUGCAUCUUGCUAUUUUUCGGCAGGUGCAGGAGUUGAGAGCGGAAAUUGGGUUGUUAGAGGGGAGGAUUGACAAGAUUCCCCAUCAGUUGUUAGGUUCGGUAUCUAGGGAGCUGUUUGAUAUUUUGAGUAAAGUUAGAAGUUUGGGUGAAGAGGGUCCAAAUUCGAUGGAGUUGCUUUCUGACAAGCCUCAUUCAGAUGACCUGUUGGUAGGGGAGAAUGAUUUAGCUCACUGGAGUGAUCACCAUGAUCGGAUAUACGGGGAUGGCAAGGAUGCAGAAUUGAUUGAAGAUGAUGAAGACAGUUUUGGAAGGACGCUUGGUGAUGUUGUUCCUUGGGACCAAAUGCAGACAGAUUGUAGGAGUCCAAAGGAUCUGAUAAGCGAGCCUUGUAAGACAGAUAAGUGGUUGAAAUGCGCCGAUUUCGACGAGAAGAGCAUUCUUGACUGUGAAGAUACUAAACUAACCAAGCCCAUGAGACAUGAUGAUGGCAUAGUGACAGAUGUAGGUCUUGUUGGCCUUCAGGUUGAUAGUUUCUACCAAGAAAACCCUAAAUGGUAUGAAUCUCCUUGUGAACUAGAUUCAAGCACGGAUUGUGGUGACGGUGGAUUUAGACAUGGAGAGAUUGUGUAGAAUCUUGAAGAGCCAGGUUAACCCACUCUAACAUAAUCAUCAAUUUAUAUUGUCCCUUUGUCCCGUAUCCCAGCCAGCACUGGAUUGUACAUUUAUGUAUACCGAAGUUUGGAGCUUAUGACAUGCUUUUAGGUGUCUUCUGUUGUGUGUGGUUUCUGUAAAGUAUAUAGCCAUUUAGGGCUUUACUGCACAUACCUAUAUAUUUUACUUUUUGUUAACCAUGUUGUGAACAUCCAUGAUUUUUAGCUGGGUUCCUCCUAAAAAUGGACCCUAGUGACUGAACUGUUGUCAUCACCCUUUCUUUUAGAUUCUUGUCUAUAUCAUGUUCAAACCUUUUCAUCUUCUCCAUAUUGUGACAUGAAUGUUUCUUUCUAUCCUCUUCCA